AUGAAAGUCAAAACUAAUAUAUGCGAAAAGUUUGAGUGCGUCGACAAAGGUUCAGUACAGAUGUUUUUGGGCAUGCAGAUUGAGCGAGAUGGAGAACUGGGUGAUAUAUCGGUUGGACAAUCACAGUACAUCAAAGAUUUGUUGCGACAGCAUCGUAUCGAUUCAUGCAGACCGGCAUCGACACCACUGGACGCAGGUUUCCAGGUCGCGUGUGACAGCGAAAACUGUAAGAGGGUUGACGGAACAUCUUAUCAGUCUAUAAUUGGGGCGCUGAUGUGGCUAGCGUUAUCUACGAGACCAGACAUCUUUCACUCAGUAUCGAAAUUGGCGCAGCGUAAUAAAGAUCCGCAUAGUGAACAUAUGGCAGGUAUUAUCUGUGUGUUACGGUAUUUAGCAGCUACGACCGAUAUGAAGUUACAUUAUCGUGCAUGCAAGCAACCAUUGAAAUUGGGGGGGGGGGGCGAUAGAGUUGACCGCAGGUCUUAUACCGACUACGUGUUCCUUCUGGCCGGUGGUCCGAUAUCCUGGAAGUCGGAAAAACAGGACUGCGUCGCCUUAAGUAGUACCGAGGCGGAAUAUUUAUCUAUGUCAUCUGCACACCAACUGUGUUAUUUGGAAACAACCUCAGUGCUCAACACCUUGCAAAGAAUCCUGUGCACCAUGCAAGGACGAAACACAUUGAUAUUAGAUAUCACUUAA